AUGCAGCUAGAGGACAGAAAAGAAAACCGGCCGAGCGCAAACGCAGAAGAAAAGACAAAAAAGAAAGACUUUGGGCUUCCUGCGGGCAUUGUGCAGCAGUUUGAGGCACGCGGCAUUGGGCGCGCGGAGCUUGCGAAGAUGGAGAUAGAUGAGAUUCUUGCGCAGAUGAAGCCGCUGGAGGGCAAGGCGCUGAACAAGGCCAUACAGACGAUUCUAAAGACCACGCACAAGAUCGAGCAGCUAAGAAGCCGGCUGCAGAUGGUCACCGGAUGGGCAGAUGAGAGCGGCGCGGAAAGCGACGUCGAGGCGGUGAUGAACAGCAUACUGUACGCGCACGGGCACACGGUUUACACGGGAAAGGAGGGUGCGCUUCUAGAGUUUGCGUAUACGCUGGCGACAGAGGCCGAGCACGCAAACGUGAAGAGCGCAGGGCGGCUGGUGCUUGAGCACCUCCCGCUCGCAGAGGAGGAGCUUGCGCGCGCAGUUCUAGAGAAGCUGGCAGGAUUUUUCCCCGACACGGAGAACCUGCUCCCUGGGCAGGAGGACCGGAUGGAGCAGCACAUCUCGCUCUUUGCAGGGACCCGGCAGAGCAAGGAAAAGCUGCGGAUAUACGUCUCUGUGCGGGCAGAGGCGAUCCUGGUUCUGGCAAAACGAUGCAAGCGCCUGGAGGGAGCGUGGAAAAUGGUCCUGGGGCUAUACAAGAAGAUUGACGCGGAAAGCGCGCCCAUGGAGAAAGUCCGCGCGCUCGGGCUGGCGGUGCUGAGAACUCUGAAGGGCGAGAGCGAGCUGGGCGACGCGUGCUCGCAGUACGUGCAGAGCAUGCGGAUGGGAAUGCACGACUUUGUGUACGGGCAGAUCCUCCUGGGCGCGCUGCAGGCGCUGGAGCAGAGCGAGCGCACCGUGCACGAAAUAGAGAAGCUGGCAAUAUAUGCGCUGACGGAGAGCAGGGCGACGGUGCACUCGCUUGAGGGCCUGGGCAUAGCCCGGCUUCCUCGGGAGAGGGUGCUGUCUAUUCUCGGGAAGAUUCGCGCCGAAAAAAUCAACGUGACGUCCAGCACGCCCGUGAUCAAGCAGAUACUGCGUGCCAUGAAGCACUCGCGCAAAGACUUGGCUGUGGUGGCAGAGCACAUUGAACGGGUGCUGGCUGUGCGCAAGCACAAAGGGCUGGGCGAUGUGCUGAAGCAUGUCCGGGAGAGCCUUGGCAAGGAAAGGCCCGAGCAGGGCGUAGAGGAGCAGGCAAGCCUGGAAAAGACCCUGUAA